AUGGGCCUCUUCACCCCCGACCGCGCAACCCAAGUCCGCAACGGCACCGUCGUACCCACCCGCGCCGAACGCCUCCAGUGCUGGGCCUCCCGCGACGCCUACUUCGCCUGCCUCGACGCCGCCUCCGUCCUCGACGCCAACGCCGACCCCACCGCCGCCCGCCGCGCCUGCCCCCAGGAAACCGUCGCCUUUGAGCGCGACUGCGCCGCCAAGUGGGUGGCGUACUUUCGCGACUGGCGCGUCAUGGACGCCAAGCGCAGGGCCAAGAUUGAGCAGCUCGAGCGCGAGGGCGCCGUUCGCAUGGACGUGAAGCCUGAGUUUGGCGGUGAGUCAGCGAAGAAGCCGUGA